CAGACGGUAGCGUUCUGAAAGCCUCAACUCAGCGAGAAGCGAUAAGCAUGCCAACCAGUGCUCCCAAUAAGAGAAUCAUGCCUGCAGCCAACAGAGCUGGAAGAAAAUCGAUGGAUGGAGCUUCUCCUGCUGAGAAUAUGCCAGACUAUGAGCCCAACAUACCGGAGCCUACAUGCAGAUCUGAUCUUCUAAAAUACUGGAUCAACCUCUCCUUUGACGACAAGACAGCUAAUAAGAUGUUGUGGAUCACAGAAGGCGGAGCCAAGUUGGCACGCAUGACCGAUGAUGUUACUUGUCCCGUUCUGGACAGACCAGAGAGAUAUGAGCAUGUCCCACAGGCUCUUUGCAAAGAAGGCAUCUUGGGUUUCCGAGCAUACUGGGAAAUUAAAUAUCUAGGGUGGGUGGUCGCUGGGAUUGCAUAUGAAGGAGCUGCCAGGAGGGGAACUGAUGGACCAUGUGGGCUGGGGGAGAAUGACGAUUCCUGGGGUCUCGGUUGGGGAGGAUCCCACUACCAGGUGUGGUUCAGUGGUGUUAACACAGAAAUCUGGGAUGUUCCCCAGAGCUCCACCAUCGGGGUGUACAUUGACCAUCCAGCCGGUGUCAUCAACUUCUACGCAGUUGAAGAAGUGGACAAAGGAGACGGGAGUGGGGUCAGGAAGGAGGUCCGACUACUCCAAAGGAUUAAGAGUUCCUUUAAAGGGAAAAUGAUGCCAGGGUUCUGGGUCGGACAGAAGUCAUCAUGUGUGUUAGUUAAAUGUGAGGAAUAAACAGUGAGCACUUUCCAUUUCCAUUCUUCAAGUAAUGUCUGUUGUAUUUGCA